UGCAGACUCGGAUCUCCAAACUCCAGAAUAGUCCCAAAAUGGCCGCCUCGAAACCUAUUUCGGGGCGCCAGCGAAGUUCAACCGACGCCUCGUUUUGCCACCGAGCCUGGCGAAUCUAAUAUGAAACUGGCGCCAAUGGGACAAACAAGAUGUGGGUGUGCUCCAAGCAUCCAGUAACAGGCGCCUGCCUUGGGAUCUUAUCGUGUGGAUCGAGAUAACCGAUCGCUUCUUGAAGCCGAGCACCGGCUCGGGAAUCACCCGGGUCUCUCUUAACAGCGGGAGAACUCCCCCAUCCCCUUUGAAGGCCGCCCUCCCGCUUCUCUCUCCGUUUCUCCGGAUAAGGCGAAACUCAAGUCUCGCGAAGGUUGAGGAGCGCCUGCCCAGUUGGAGUCCGCAGUCGCUCUGAGAUCUGUGGAGUUUCGCGUGUCGUGGUUCGUGGGAAGGGAGGAGUAGGGAAUCUCUUCUGCCCGGUCCGGCUCUUCUGAGGCUCGACUCCUUUCGUUCCCCUUCGGGCCAUGGGGUAAGAGACUGCUCGCCCGGGCUGGCGGGGAUUGUCUGCCCAGCGCCUCUAACCGGUUGGGGUGACGUUCUUCCUUGCAGAAAAUCGGGUUGCAGUUCAAAGCGACUUUAGAAAACAUUACAAACCCCUCCGGUGGGGGAGGAUUUUCGAUGGUAUCUGAAGCUUAAAUGUGGAAACUGUAAUGAGGUUUCAGAAAAAUGGCAGUAUCUACGAUUAAUGGACAGCCACCCUCUGAAAGGAGGCCGGGGAAGUGCCACAAUGGUGCAGAAAUGCAAGUUGUGCUCCAGAGAAAACUCCAUAGAUAUCUUAAGCCAGACAAUUAAGCCUUAUAAUGCCGAAGACAAUGAGACCUUUAAGACAAUAGUGGAAUUUGAGUGCCGUGGCCUUGAACCCGUGGAUUUUCAACCACAGGCAGGGUUUGCCGCAAAUGGUGCUGAGUCUGGCACAUCUUUCGAUGAAAUCAACUUACUGGAAAAGGACUGGAAUGACUAUGAUGAAAAAAUAAAAGAAUCCGUCGGCAUCUAUGAAGUUACCCAUAAGUUUGUCAAAUGUUAACUCCACCGCAAGAAUUUCCAUAAAGCAAAGUCAUUUAAAUUGUAUUCACAAAAGUCAAAAUAAAAGGAUUACUUUUAAUAUUUUUUGCCCAGAUGCAUGCUGUUUCUUUUUUAUUGUCUGAAAAAAUACAUGCAAUUAACACCACAGUCCUUAUCUUGGACUGUCAGCCUAAAAUAGACAUCCACUUAAUACUGAGAAUUUGCAUUUCAGUUUCAUUUCUUAUAAACAAGUAAGAAUAAUAACUCAUUUCAUUCCAAUGAGCUACCUAAACAUAUAUACACAUAGCACUGUAGGUGAAGCAUUUUUAACAGAGGCAGACGUUAUACAUUAAUAUAUCAGGAAAAGGAAAAUUAUUUUGAGUAUCUUAGAAAUAAAACAAUGUGUUAGAUGCUUCUACGUUAAAAAUACUUUCUUGUAUAUUUAAUGAUGAAUGGUAAGGAUUGGUGUGACUCUUAAAUGUACUAUAAAUGAAGAGAGGUAAAAGUAAAGGAUUCCCUGCAGAUUUCCCUCCACUAGUCAUUGCUGAGUAUAGAAACUGGAUUAUAGAAUCUCCAUAGACAUACCCAUAAAAUGUGUCACAUUUAUUCAACGGGAAAUUUUCAGGAUACAUUUCAGCUGGAAGCUCAAUCAGACUGGUAUUUCAGGUAGUCCUUAACCAUUCAACAGCACUGAAAAAAAGACUUAUGACUGGUCCUCACACUUAUGGCCAUCACAGCAUUCCCCAUAGUCAUGUGAUCAAAAUUUGGCAACUGGCAUGUAUUUAUGAGGGUUGUAGCAUCUUAAGAUCACGUGACUACCAUUUGUGACCUUCCCCGCCGGCUUCAAUUAAUGACCCAUGAUUCACUUAACAACUACAGUGAUUCACUUAACC